AUGCUGGCAUGCACAGCAAGAGGGCCCGCAGGCGGAGUUGCACGUACGAGUUGGCUCAGCUUGUCCCCGGUAGCAACCAGCAGGAGGCUUCCUCCCGUUGGCCGAUCCCGCGACAUCUCGACAUCAUCGUCACAGUACUCAUCAUCGAAGGCUUCUUCAAGGGCUUACCGUUUCUGGACAUCCGACGAUCCGCUCAUCCGAGCCCUUCGUCGCCGCCAAGAGACGUACCGCCUUGCUAAAGCUCCGCAAGGUGCUCGUCAUAAGGCCGACCGACUGGAAGCCGUCCAACUAGCAAAGUCGGAAAUCCGCUGGAUCGUCGAGCACGUUCGAAAAUUCCAAGGCGCUGCUGCCCCAACAAAGACCAAAUCGACCCUGACCCGAGCUUCACGGCGAGAGCUCGUGUCCAUGACAGUGCUAAUGACCCGGCACAACGUCCCCAUCUCGUACCUGCUGGGCAGCGUGCCCUUUGGCUCGCUUUCGCAAGAGCUCACGGUGCGCCCGCCGAUCUUACUCCCGCGUCCAGAGACCGAGUACUGGGCGACUGAGGUGGUCAACGCGCUACUAGAGAAGCUGAGCCCGGCGCAGCUUGAAGAGGUGCGAGUCGUUGACCUUUGCACGGGGUCUGGGUGUAUCGUGCUGUUGAUCGCUGAUGCGCUUCGUGCCCGGGUGGGACAGGGGAAGAAAUGGAGGGUCAUAGCGUGCGAUCAGUCGGAGCUUGCGGUAGAAUUGGCGCGGGAGAACGCUGUUAAGCUCGGAUUCAGCGUCAACGAGCAUCAGUCGAACGUGCAUAUUGUCAAAGCGGACGUUUUCGACGAUGCAGCGAUGGACCAGUUGGCCAAGAUCGCAGGUGGACCCUUUCACCUGAUCGUCAGCAAUCCGCCGUACAUCCCGCGUCGUGAGUGGGAGAGCUUACCCUCGGAGGUCAAGCAGCAUGAGGAUCCGGCGGCGCUCAUUGGCGAGCGAGACAUCGCCUCCAUUGCAUCCCCUGCCGCACAAAGGUCGAGCAGCGACGCGCGGCAGAGCUACCUUGACCGACACGGCCUAGCCUUCCACCAGCGUCUCGCCGAGCUUCUCUACCGCGCCACGUUUUCAAUUCACCUACCACAACUACCUCGACUUGUGGCAGAGUACGGCAAAGGCCAGCAAAAGCUGGUGGAGCGAUUGUUGUGCUGGAUCCACUGCUGGCAGGGCUGA